GGCGGGUUAGACCCGCACUUUUCGCAAUACAGCGGAGGAGAGAGGUGGUAACUCGAGCGAUAGCAGGGAUCACCCCGCCUGUGGUGUUUCUACAAGGGUGGCUCGUCUUCGGGAUUAAGGGAAUGUGGAGGCUGGCUAGCUGCCCUUUAAGCGCCCUCGCGGGGACGCCGACGCCGACAGGUUUUGGUGGAAUCAAAAUUCUCACUGCUGGUUACAGGUGCUAUGAUCCGCUUCCAGAUUAUACAGGAAUUGUCAUUCCUGAGAAACCCAAAUUAAAAAUUGUUGAGAGACAACCAAACUUGCUUAAGGUUAGGCGACAGCCCAAGAAUUUACGUGACAUCCGAGGUCCAUCUACAGAAGCCACUGAAUUUACUGAAGGAAAAUUUGGUAUUUUGGCUAUGAGUGGUGGCUAUCUCCGCUGGGUUCACUUUGAAGUGAUGCGUCUGAGUAUUAAUCGGCACAUGAAUCCCAAGACAAUGUUCGCUCUGUGGAGAGUCCCUGCUCCUUACAAACCCAUUACUCGCAAAGGACUAGGACACCGUAUGGGUGGUGGCAAAGGUGCAAUUGAUCACUAUGUGUCAGCAGUGAAAGCAGGUCGCCUGAUAGUGGAAAUUGGUGGGCAAUGUGAGUAUACUGAGGUGAAAUACUUCCUCACUCAAGUGGCCAAGAAACUGCCUUUCGAAGCCCAAGCAGUCAGCAAGGAAACCCUUCAAGAGAUGCGGGACAGAGAAGAGGAGAGGAGAUGUAAUAACCAGAAUCCAUGGACAUUUGAGCGCAUUAUUACUGCCAAUAUGCUGGGAAUACGGAAAUAUCUGAGCCCUUAUGACCUACAGUACAAGGGUCGCCACUGGGGAAAGUUCUUCCUGCCUGACAGGGUGUGAGUGGAGACUUUAGGAACCUGAUCAAUUGUUGCAGCAAUUCUUUGAAAACUUUGUCUUUCUCUACAGAGAUAUUUGUGGGUGAAGAAUCAAAUGAGUGACUAUAUAUCUGGAAGUCCAAUAAGUAUGGAGGGUGAUGGAGUGGUGAUAAUGAUGUAGAACUUGGGUAAAUAAACUCAUUAUAGAAAUUUGUUA